CGAGGCAAGAGCGAGGCAUGGAGGCAGAGGAAGAGGAGAAACUCCGGGAGGAGCGCACUUGGACACUAGCGUACAAGUUUUACUGGUUCGAGGUGUAAGGCCUCGGGCGAUCUCGCUUUUUACAGUACGCGCGACGUCGUCGUUGUAGAGAGGUAGUCAAAGAUCUCUCUUGCUUACCGUUGAUUCCUCCCCUCUCCAUCACGGUUCGAUUCCUUUCUCUUUCUGUUUCCACGAGAAUACCUGGAGGAACCGGGGGAACGAGAAAGAGAGAGAACGGAACGGGAACGGCGCGGAACCAAACGUACCGAGUAGAAGGAGGAGCUGAAGGAGACUCGGAUGGUGGUGGUGGUGGAGGUGGAGCGAGAGGAGGAGGAGGAGGAGGAGGAGAACGGAACACGAGAGAUCGGCAGCACAGUUUCGUGUUCAGCUCAGCUCGGUUCGGCUCAACGGUUCGUAUCGGAUCUCUCCCCCCGUGUCUCGUCGAGGAGGAAUCGUUCGUCAAAUUUCUCGCUAUCGGCCCUCUCCUCCCUCCCCCUCCCUCUUUCUCGCCUCCGCCCCCCUCGUUUUCGCCGGCCGGCCGAGAAAGGGAGGGUCCCGGCCGAGGAGUGAAAAAUCGCGCGGAGAGAUCGUCCAUUUACGCGUAAUCGCCGUACCCGUCCGAUUAUCCGCACUCCUUCGAUCGACCCUGUGUGCCCGCGGCAUAAAAUAUCUAGAAUUGGUGCGUAGUUUCGCAACGUGGACGGAGGGAUCAUGGGAUCGACGUGUCGUCUGACGGUGGUGGUCGCGCUGCUCCUUGGAGCGGCCACUCUACACGCCCAUCGUGAGCACAAGGUUCACAACAUCGUGCUGUAUCCGGACAAGCACAGCUGGUGUCAGACUACCCAGAUAAAGCAGGUCGUCACGUGGCCGCAGUGCUCCUCCCAGGAAUUGGACAACAACGUGUGCGUGGGAGCUUGCUUCUCCUACAUGGUGCCGCACAGCGAGCCUUCAGCCCCCGGUGAUCUGAUCAGGCCUUACUGCGACUCCUGUCAACCGUUGGACAGCGUUUGGCACACGGUUACGUUGGACUGCAAGGACGAGACGAACAAUCCUAUCACGAUGCAGAAGAAGGUCCAAAUCAUCACCAAUUGUUCGUGCACCUCGUGCAUGGAAACAUCUCGCAUCAAGCCGGACUACAACACUCUGCUGCAAUCGUUGACCGACGAAAAUUUGGACAAGAACGUGAACGUGGUCCACGAGAUGCCCGACCUGUUGGAGAAUCCGAACUUGAACUUCUCCAAGAACACGAGCAGGGACGGUGUCCAGGCGAACGAGAGAUUCAUGCAGAACUUCAAGCAGUUGAAAGACUCGGCCAAGUUGGGCCAAUCGGGGACCAAGGAGUUGUUCUCCAAGCUGGACGAGAACAUCGAUUUCGACAAGUUGAGGGAGUUGUUGGACAAGUACGGCCAGGAGGAGGAGAAGCAACACUCCCAUCAACGUCUCCACCAGCAUCAACAUCAAUCGAGCGGGAAACAACAGCAGCAGCCUCAGCAUUACACCACGACCAUGCUUCGUGGGCCUCAUCAUUCCAUGGUUUUGGACUCGGACGUGAAGGAGAAGAUCGACGUGGAACCCCAUUAUCUUCAUCCGGCUGUCGCCGGGCAAGAAAUCAGCUAUCACGACAACGUGCUGGUCGACAAGGAUAAGAAAAAGGAUUUCUGAGGGGAGGAGGAGCCGUUGCGUGUUUCGUGAUGGAAACGCGUGGUGGGUCCGUGGCGCAGAUCCGUUGGAGCGGAUCGAGAUCGAUUUCUUUUCCAUUUAUUAAAGUUGUUAAGAUUCAUUCGUGACCUAGUCCAAUCCAAGUAGCAAAUUGUUCCAUUCGAUUUAGUAAAUGAGAUUCAGCUCGUUUCGCGUGCUAUCGCGUAAUCUGUAAAUAGAAGAGAUUCCUCGUUUUAUUUUCGUUCUGUUUUCUUUUAUAUCUUUGUUGGC